GUGAGGAUAAAAUGAAGCAAUGAACGAAGUGCUCCUGUCAACGGGCAAGGAUAAAUCUUGUUUCCAAGGCAUUUAUUACUUUAAAAAAGGUGUAUGUUCGAUAGACUGACGCUGGGAAACUUGAGGUCGCCUCCUUCCGCGGCCUUACUGGAGUGAGGAGGGAGAUCCUGUGGACCAAGCUAUGGUGAAAAAUGUUUCGGAAAGGCAAAAAACGACACAGUAGUAGCAGUUCCCAAAGUAGUGAAAUCAGUACUAAGAGCAAGUCUGUAGACUCCAGCCUUGGGGGGCUGUCUCGAUCCAGCACUGUGGCCAGCCUCGAUACAGAUUCCACCAAAAGCUCAGGACAAAGCAACAAUAAUUCAGAUACCUGUGCCGAAUUUCGAAUAAAAUAUGUUGGUGCCAUUGAGAAACUGAAACUCUCGGAGGGAAAAAAUCUUGAAGGGCCACUAGACCUGAUAAAUUACAUAGAUGUUGCCCAGCAAGAUGGAAAGUUGCCUUUCGUUCCUCUGGAGGAAGAAUUUAUUAUGGGAGUUUCUAAGUAUGGUAUAAAAGUGUCAACAUCAGAUCAGUAUGCUGUUUUACACAGGCAUGCUCUGUAUUUAAUCAUCCGGAUGGUGUGUUAUGAUGAUGGUCUGGGGGCAGGAAGAAGCUUACUGGCUCUGAAGACCACAGACGCAAGCAACGAAGAAUACAGCCUGUGGGUUUAUCAGUGCAACAGCCUGGAACAAGCACAAGCAAUCUGCAAAGUCUUAUCCACUGCUUUUGACUCCGUGUUGACAUCUGACAAGUCUUGAAUUCUACAAUCAAGUGGAAAUUGACCUCAUGUGAAAGUUCAGCUGUUUUCUACGGUUCUGUUUUCAAUUUGUGAUGUUGAACUAUGAUGAAAAUAUGAAGUGAUCCCUUGCUCUUGCUGUAGGUUUUCUGAAGAAAAGACAAUGUAUAAAAUACUGAUCAUUUGUUUUUCUAUUAAAAUGUGUCUUAUUAAUAGUGA